UUCCAAAUCCUCCAAUUUCUCAGUCAACUCAACUUCCAGUGAAACAGUAGACAAUCUGAUGGACGGUUUCAGAUGGGUUUCUUUGAUCUUCUUCACUCUUUGCAUGCUUGUGCCAACAUCCUCUUGGUCAAACUCAUUUCUAACCAAAGAAAAGUUGACUGAAAUUCCAGUGAAGUUCCUCGAUUUGGCCAAAGAAACAGAGCUCUUGAAUUGGAUGGUGGGUAUUAGGAGGGCAAUACAUGAAAACCCAGAACUUGGUUUUGAGGAAUUUGAGACAAGUAAGCUUAUUAGAACUGAAUUGGAUAAAUUGGGUAUAGCUUAUAAAUACCCAAUUGCUACCACUGGUAUUGUUGGCUUCAUUGGGACUGGCAAACCACCUUUUGUUGCUAUCAGAGCAGAUAUGGAUGCUUUAGCCAUGAAGGAGGCUGUAGAAUGGGAGCACAAAAGUAAAAUUCCUGGAAAGAUGCAUGCUUGUGGACACGAUGCUCAUGUUGCAAUGCUUCUUGGUGCGGCAAAGAUGCUUCAAGAGCAUCGGAAUGAUUUACAGGGAACCAUCGUUCUAGUUUUCCAACCAGCCGAAGAGGGAGGGGGAGGAGCAAAGAAAAUGUUAGAUGCUGGGAUACUAGAGAACGUUGAUGCCAUCUUUGGGCUGCAUGUCUCUUCUAGCUAUCCUAUUGGUGUAGUUGCCGCCAGGUCUGGUCCUAUAUUGGCUGGUAGUGGUUUCUUUGAGGCGGUAAUUAGUGGAAAGGGGGGUCAUGCAGCCAUUCCCCAGCACACAAUAGACCCAAUCUUGGCAGCCUCCAAUGUGAUUGUUAGUUUGCAACAUCUUGUUUCACGUGAAACCGAUCCCCUGGAUUCACAGGUAGUGACAAUUGCAAAAUUCCAAGGUGGUGGUGCAUUCAAUGUUAUCCCUGAUACAGUCACAAUUGGUGGAACCUUCAGGGCAUUUUCAAAAGAAAAUUUCAUGCAGCUGAAACAAAGAAUCAAAGAGGUAAUAACAGGACAAGCUGCCGUGCAGAGGUGCAAUGCAACAGUUAACUUCCAUGAAGAUGACAUGCCCUUUUACCCAGUCACAGUUAAUAACAAAAUUUUGCAUGAGCACUUCAAAAGCAUAGCCGGGGAAAUGCUGGGCACCAAGAACAUCAAAGAAAUGAAGCCACUGAUGGGAACAGAAGACUUCUCAUUCUUUGCAGAGGUGGUUCCAGGUUACUUCUACCAUGUCGGAAUGCAAGAUGAAGCUCAGGGACCAUUUCCAUCAGUGCAUUCCCAUCACUUCAAAGUAAACGAAGAUGUGCUUCCCUAUGGCGCCGCUUUACAUGCAUCACUGGCCACAAGGUAUCUCCUUGAACAUCAACCUGAAUAUUCUUCACCAAAGGGAAGUUCUCAUGAUGAACUGUAAAGGGCUUUGAGGUUUCUGUUAUUUUGAAGCACUGCUGCAAGCUCAGACUGCAGGUGAAAACCGAAAAACCCGCCGUAAUUGUUGACGGACUCCUCCCCUCUCCCCAAUACAGUGAUAGAUAAUGGGGAUUGAACUUUAUUGCCUGGUCACAGUUGUAGUAGGACUUGUUUAACAGUCUUUUUUGCUAAUCCAUUCCAAAAUGGCUUUGCUUUGUAAUAUAUUCAAUUUCUUUGUCUCUUGUUGAUCUUCCAUAUUCUGUGGGAAAAUGCAGUCUCUAGUUUUGAUCCUGAUAUUCUAGUAUUUGCUCUGGCAUAAUUUUG